AUGGGGAGUGUGGGCUUCCUCCACGGAGCAGAAGUCUCAGCAGAAGCUCACACAUGUACGCAUAGACAAGGAUCCGGAGCCAUGAGUGGAAACAGCAAACCUGCUGGACAAGAUGACUCUAAGAAGGCUGCUCCUGAGGAGGACUUUGCGGACAUCGACAUGAAGGCUCCGGAGACGGAGAAGGCUGCUGUGGCCAUCCAAUCACAGUUCCGGAAGUUCCAGAGCAAGAAGAAGCAGGAAGUAAAGUCCUAGAGUGGGCAGGACAGA